AUGGACCGCUUCGACCGAAUGCCCGGGUCGUCGGUGCAGUCGUCUGCCCUUCGCAGUCUUCCCGAGAACGCGGCCCUCGGACGACGGCCGGUACCCAACUCGGCCGCGACGUCCAACGGGCCUUCUCCCAUCCUCAGCCACCGCGAUGCUCAGUCGAACGCGUCGCUGUCGGCCUCUUCGGCCUCGCAUUCCAUAGCCCCUUCGCAGGUCAUUGCCCUCGCCCGCGAGGCGAUGCAGCAUGCCAUCGAGAACGAGAAGGGUCAGGCUGCCGAGGUGGGCGCCGUGGGAACGCCUGGCCUUCGCUCAGGUGUCACCAUUGACCUGAGUCGCAAAAAUAUCCAAAGGCUACCGGAGGAGGUGGUGGAUAUCGUCAAGGAGGAGCUGGAACGCCUUGCCCUGUCCCAUAAUCAACUUUCGACCUUGCCUGCGAGGUUUGCAGAAUGCACCUCGCUUCGCUAUCUCAACAUCAGGGGCAAUCAGAUCAAAGAGUUUCCCCUGCCGCUGUGCGAGCUGAAAUCGCUCGAGAUACUCGACCUCGGCCGCAACCAGCUCCGCGUUCUUCCCAACGAGAUCUCCAACCUUGUCUCGUUAAAGGUUCUAUCCGUCCCCAAGAACCAAAUCGGCGAGCUCCCCUUGUGCAUCGCCGAGAUGGCCUCCCUCCAGGUGUUGAAGUUUGAAGGCAAUCCCAUCAGCUUUCCACCCAAGGACGUCAUUCAACCACAAGCCGGGAGCCCCUCCUUCGACGGCUUCGCCAGAGAUACCGAGCUCACCGAGGUGGCCGUGACGGCGCACAUCAGAAAAUUCCUCAAGCAGUACGCCGCCCUUGGCCGCAGCGACCUGGACGGCACGGGGGACGAGUUGAGCGAGGGCGCCGACACGCCGCGCUUUCCUCUCAAGCGGGUCGCCAGCGGUCGCUUUCCCAUCAGGAUCAACGGCGCCGACGUGGCCGACAUGCGGCCGGCGAACGGCGUGCUGCGACAGCCCGCCAUGACGUCGAGGUCGCACAGUCGGGGUCUGUCUCAGCAGAGCUUGGCGUCACGUCGACCCGGCGUCAUGCCUUUGACCAUCGGUUCCGUCAGCGAGAGGCUUCGUAGCAACUCCGAGUCCUUGCUGCGUGCCGAUCGCCAUGACGGGCGAAGUCGUCGCAUGGGCAUGGUGACCAAGAAGACGUCGGACCUCGGUACCUUGGAGGAAUCCGACGUCAACGUGCGCUUCAGCCACUACCGCGGCCUCAGCCAUGGGUCCGCCAUGCAAGGGGCCACGCCGGCGGCCAAGAGCCCGGCGACGCCGACGGAUGUGUACCUGCAACGCCCCGUCUACAUCCGCCGCCUGUCGGUGCUGCCCGAGCGUCGGCGCGAAUCCAAGGUGUUCGACCCCAUCGCCGAGGCGGCCAAGGGAAUCCUCUAUUCCGUCUUCCAGAUCCACCCCAUGAUUCAGGCGCUCAUGACCUUGUCCAACGACGAGCCUGCCAAGAGAUCGAGUCUGGAGAUUGUCUUCUACAACACCAACUCGCACGUGCAGGAGCUCGAGCAGGCGAUCCAGAAGCACGACGCCGCCACGGCCUACGGUGCCGACCACGAGGAGCACUCGCCCCGCGACGGCGGAAAUGUUCACAGCGCCUGCCAGACGCUCGUCAGCGCCUACAGGCACGUCUGCUCGCUGCUGACGGACAACAUCGAUACCUUUGUCGACAACGGAGACGCGCGAUAUAUUCGGACGCUCCUGAUGUUGCUUUACAACAGUAUCAUGGAACUUCGCGUCACCCUCGCCGCCGUCACGCGCUACGCGGCCAAGGCCGGUCGGACAGAUGCCGACGCCGAGAGCACCAACAACACCAUCCGGCCGUACCAUCGAGAACCAAGCGCGGCGACGCUGUCGGUGGCUGACGAGAGGUCGGGGCUCGCGCGGCACCGCAACGGCUCCUCGGCCGUUCCGAGCCCCGUGCCGCUUCAGGUGGUCACGGACGGCACCGUCCCCUACACCAACGGCACCGGCCGAACCGCCACGGGCACGGUCAAGCUGGCGACGCCGCGGUCGGGCGAUUCGUUCACGUCGGUGCACGCGCACGAUAUGGUGGCCGACUACUCGGCCGAGGACGACGCGCUCUUCGACCGCAUCUAUCUUUCCCUGCAACGGUCGGCCGACGUCGUCCUCCGCAGCCUCCCCAGCUUCCAGGUUCAGCUGGCGGGCGGGCUGAGGAACGCGGUGACGACGGGCGCGCACCCGAACGCGAUUCAGCACUGGCGGAGCCUCGCGAGCACAUGCAGCGCCAUGGUGCAGCAGACGGAGGCUCUGAGGAACAGGCUGUCGCUGAUCAAGCUGAAGGACCCCGCGGUGCGGCUGCAGGCGAGCUUCUGGAAUCAAAUUAGCAGCUUCGUCGGGUCGUGGACGAACCUGGGGUCCCAGGUCAAGGCGGCCAUCAACUCGCUUCCGCUCCCGCAGGACACGAAAUACCGGCUCCGGCCGAUCCAGCAGAGCAUGAAGGAGACGACGGACGCGAUCCUGCAGUCGCCCUGGCACCAGCUCUUCCAACCCCCUCGAGGGCACGGCAGCAUCUCAUCGGACGGCUUCUCGCCCACGUGCACGUCGCCGACGCAGGGACAGGUUCCCAUCACGCCUCUGAGCGCUGCGCUCGGCCCGGCCAUGCAGGCGACGGUGUCGGCGGCGCCGACGGCGACGCCGCACAGCACGUCCUUUGCCGCGGCCUUCCACGGGAACGUAUUCGACAGGGCCGACGCCCUGAUUGCGAACCCGGGCAUCUCCAUGUCGCGCACCGGGGCCACGACGCGCGGCCAUUCGGGUUUCAACUCGCUGUCGUCCAUCUCAUCCAUGUCGUCGGAUGGCAACACGACGCCGGGACCGCCGACGGCCUUCAACCCGAACAAUGGCCUCGGGUUGUUGCCGCCGCGCAUGAACGGGGGACGAGUGGCCAUCUAG